AAUAUAAAAGUCCCAUCUUCCGGAAUCCACAGCUUUAUUACCAGAAAAAUUAACCAACUUAUUCAAUCGAAAACGGGUUAAUUUUUCUUCAGUGAUCCAUUUCGAAAUUUCAUUUUGAUUUUGGAGGAAUUGUUUGUGAGUUAGGGUUUGUUUGAUUUUGGGGUUUUUCAUUCAUUUAUUGUUUGUAAGAUUUGAUCAUAGAUAUUUGCUCCCAAAUCGGUACAUUGUUUUUUGUUAAAGAGACCGUGGAGAGCUAUGACGUCACAUUUCGAACGAUGGGAGAAAGAUCCAUUCUUUCCUGCUGCCGAAGAAGUUCAGGAAUCUGCCGACAGGAUGGAAUCAACAUACAGAACAUUGCUUCACGCAUUGAAAGAACCUUCUGCGUGGAAGACAGAAGAACUUCGAAGGGAUUUACGUACUGCCCUUGGCACUGCAAAAUGGCAGUUGGAAGAAUUUGAAAGGGCUGUUGACCUAAGUUACGGCAAGUCUUUUAGCGACAAUGCCAAAACCAGACAUGGUGAAUUUAUUAGUGCAAUGGAGAGCCAGAUUUCGAAAGUUGAAAGAUGUUUGGAUGAAUCAGCUGUUGCCACAGGAAAGCCUCCUCGUCCUUGGGUACGCCUCAAUGAAGGAGAAAGCAAGGAACUUGCUUUAUUUCUUUCAGGAUCAGCUUCGUAUGGUAAUGAAAAACUUGCAGAAGUUAGCUUCAAUGAUGACCAAAGACAGAAACAGGAAGUACUUGAGCAAUCGACGCCUGAAUGCUCCAAGAAUCUCUCUCAUCCGGUAGGGAGGGGUUCAGUGGAUAGUCAUGCGAACAAGUUUUCUGGGCACAGAAGGACAGCAAGUGCUGGUGCUGACCUUGGUGCCUUGAAGAUUGUGAUUGCUGAUGAUGUUUCUCUUCACGGUGUUGAUGGAAAAACAGAGCAACCCCCUCGGAAGAUACCCAGCUUCUCUGGGUUUUUGAAUACCCUGGAAUCUGCAUCAAAACUAAAGUGGUCUAAGAAUGGUUACAGGAAAUUGAAGCUUAUAGAUCACCGUCAUGAAGCUGACAUUAAAUUGCCUGAGACUCAGACUGGGAGCAGAGGCACUAAUGCAUGCUAUGAAAGGAGUAAGAGUUGUCUUGAGAGUGGUGAUGACUGUUACCGCAAGCAACUAUAUGGGUGGUACGGUGCUAUUCAGAGACAGUUUCAAAGGUCACAAUACUAUGUGCAGUAUAAUCGGCCAACUCAAAUGGUACUGUGGGCACUUGUCCUGAUUUUCUUGUUUGCAUUAGUUACAGUGCAUGUCAUCUGAAGCAGAAGCAGAAGCAGAAGAGGUAUGGUCUUAAUAGGCAAGAAACAAAAGGGUGUUUUUAAGCACAAUGGGUCUGUAUAAUCAAUCAAUCAUUUAGUUUGUCAUAACAUAUGUCUGUCUAGUUUUGAUGAGGUAGGUUACAUUACAUAAGAAGCAAUUAUGGAUUUGUACAGACGACAUUUGUAUUUUUCAUGUACACGUAAAUU